UUAUAGGUCGCUCGUAAGCUACUAUGAUGGCUGUUCGGGUCAGAACAGAAACAAGACGAUAGUUGCCCUCUACGCCGAGCUACACCGCACGGGCGUUUACGAGGUACUUAACCACAAGUACCUCGUGAGGGGCCACACGUUCCUUCAAAAUGACAGAGACUUUAGCCAGAUCGAGAAGAGAAAGAAAAGCGCAGUGGUGUACUUACCAGAGGACUGGUGUAAAGUCGUCAGAGAGGCGAAUACAGUGAAACCGUUCGUGGUACGCGAAAUGAGGCAGCCUGACUUCAAAGGCUGGAGGUCCUUCUUGGAAUCCAGGUACCAACCGAUAGCGAAGGACCGGGAUGGGAAGCGCGUCCGAAUCCUCGACGCGCAUUGGUUAAACUUUGGUUGGGGAGAGGAGAAAGAUCCUAUCACUGGGCAAUCCCAAAUGGUCCACCAUCCAGACGAAGUUUGGGUAAGGUAUGGGUUUUCCACAGAUGAACCCUGGAAAAAGGUAAACAUCCGGCGCCGCAGACACCAAACAGAUGCCAACCAAGCACACGGCCGCCUCUAUCCUGCUCGUUUGAAGGUGGUCCCAGCCAAACUGGAAGACCUGCAACAAAUAGCUGCCUUCGUCCCUGAGCCCUAG